AUCCAUCUUUAUUGGAGUAAGGGAAACCAAUAAAGAAAGAGCAGGAGGAGGAGGAGGAGGAGGAGGAGGACCACCGUUUGAUCGCGUCCGAGUCGCAUCUCCAGCUGUAACCCCGCUUUCCUCCAACACCAUCGAACGCGUUAAACGCCACCCCACCCACCUCCGCCGCGGCUUCGUACUCCAUCGCGGUAAUCUUAUCCAAGAGUUAAAGAGCCCAUUUUUGUGCCUCUGUUUUCUUCCUGUCUCGGAUCGGUGGGGUAAGUGUUGAGCUGUUUUUGAUUGGAUUUGUCGUCGUGCCCUUUUUAUUGCGGGAGGGGAGAGGAGAGCGGCGGCGGCGGCAGCAGCAGCAGCUCGUCUCAGAACGAUGGGGAGAUAGAGAGUCCGACGGAGCGUGUCUUCUUCUUGUGAAGAUUUCGCCUUUUUUGGGUCUCUCCCGCCGGGCGAAGACGCAUUGCGUUGUCAAGCUUCGGUUUUGAUCUUUAGUCUGUGAAGAGACAGAGAUCUCGGCAUCAGAUUUGUGGGAAAGGUGGGAUCUUGGUCGGGUCCAGGUGUGGUUUGUUCUUGUGAGGAGGAGGCAAUGGCGCCGUCGUUCGACUGGUGGGGGAAGGAUGCCCACCGCGGGACGUCGGUGAUCGUGAAGAUGGAGAACCCCAACUGGUCCAUCUCGGAGAUCUCCUCCCCCGACGAUGACGAGGAGGAGUACGGCGUCGGCGGUGGCGGCGGCCAGGGAGAGUUUUCCGGAGGCGGGGCGAGAAAGGGCGGCCGAGGGAAGAACGCGAAGCAGAUCACGUGGGUGCUCCUCCUCAAAGCCCACCGUGCCGCCGGGUGCCUCACCUCCCUCGCCUCCGCCGCCGUCGGCCUCGCGUCCGCAGUCCGCCGGCGCGUGGCCUCCGGGCGGACCGACUCCGACGCCGCCUCUUCGCCGCCUGAGGAGAGCCCCGUCUUGCGCACCCGGUUCUACUCCUGCAUCAAGGUCUUUCUCUGGCUCUCGCUCCUUCUCCUGGGAUUCGAGGUCGCCGCCUACGCGAAAGGUUGGCAUUUGGGCGCCGCCGAGCUGCAGCGCCUGGUGCUGCUGCCUUCUUCCUUCGGCAUCCGGGGGCUCUUCGAGUCGCUGUACUCCGACUGGGUACGAAUCCGGGCGGAGUACAUCGCGCCGCCGCUCCAGUUCCUCGCCGACGCCUGCGUCAUCCUCUUCCUCAUUCAAAGCGCCGACCGCCUCAUCCUCUGCCUCGGUUGCUUCUGGAUCCGCUACAAGAACAUCAAACCCGUUCCGAAGCAAGCCAUUGGAUCCGAGUCCAAGGACCCCGAGUCCGGCGGCGAGGAUUUCCCGAUGGUGUUAGUCCAGAUUCCCAUGUGCAACGAGAAAGAGGUGUACCAGCAAUCGAUCGCCGCAGUGUGUAAUUUGGAUUGGCCGAGAUCCAACAUCCUAGUUCAGGUGUUGGACGAUUCCGACGAUGCCACGACGCAGGCAUUGAUCAAGGAGGAAGUUGAGAAAUGGCAGCAGAAUGGCGCCCACAUUUUGUACCGGCACCGGGUGAUCCGACAAGGUUACAAGGCUGGAAAUCUCAAGUCGGCCAUGAAUUGCAGCUACGUGAAGGAUUAUGAGUUCGUGGCCAUCUUUGAUGCCGAUUUCCAGCCAGCCCCGGACUUCUUGAAGCGGACCAUUCCUCAUUUCAAGAACAACGAGGAGCUUGGUUUGGUGCAGGCGAGAUGGUCUUUUGUAAACAAGGAUGAGAACUUGCUGACCCGGCUGCAGAACAUAAAUCUGUGCUUCCACUUUGAGGUGGAGCAGCAGGUGAAUGGAGUAUUCCUCAACUUCUUCGGGUUUAAUGGGACGGCUGGAGUUUGGAGGAUCAAAGCACUGGAGGAUGCAGGAGGGUGGCUGGAGAGAACGACGGUGGAGGAUAUGGACAUUGCUGUCAGAGCUCAUUUACAAGGAUGGAAGUUCAUCUACCUCAAUGAUGUGGAGUGCCAAUGUGAACUGCCGGAGUCAUACGAGGCUUACAGGAAGCAGCAACAUCGAUGGCAUUCUGGCCCGAUGCAGUUAUUUAGACUCUGCUUGCCAGACAUUAUACGAUCCAAGAUUGGAUUCUGGAAGAAGUCAAACUUGAUAUUUCUGUUCUUCCUCCUGCGGAAACUAAUAUUGCCUUUCUACUCCUUCACCUUGUUCUGCAUCAUCCUUCCCAUGACAAUGUUUGUCCCAGAAGCAGAGCUCCCCGCAUGGAUAGUCUGCUACAUCCCCGCCACCAUGUCCUUCCUCAACAUCCUGCCUGCACCAAGAUCCUUCCCUUUCAUUGUCCCAUAUCUCCUCUUUGAGAACACCAUGUCCGUGACCAAGUUCAAUGCCAUGAUCUCGGGCCUGUUCCAGCUCGGAAGCGCCUACGAAUGGGUCGUCACCAAGAAAUCAGGCCGGUCCUCCGAGGGUGAUCUAUAUUCUUUAGUCGAGAAAGAGCCUCAGCAGCAAAGAGGGGCCUCGGCACCAGACCUUGAAGCUGUUGCGGAACUAGAGCCCCAGCCUAAGAAGAAGUCGAAGAAGAAGCACAACAGGAUCUAUCGGAAGGAGCUUGCACUUGCAUUCCUUCUGUUGACAGCUUCGGCACGGAGCUUGCUGUCGGCCCAGGGCAUACAUUUCUACUUCCUCCUCUUCCAGGGCAUCUCAUUCCUCUUGGUGGGUCUCGACCUGAUCGGCGAGCAGAUUGAGUAAAAGAAUCAGAGUAAUCCACAGUGAUGUUCAUCAUGAGGGCUGAGCAGUGGUAUCACAUAAUGUUAGUAAAGGAUUUGAUGUAAAAUUUACUCACUGUGGAGGUGUAGAUAGUCCCACUUGUAGCCUGUAAGAUUUCAUUCUUUCAGGUCUUAUUCUUUUGUAAGAUUUUUUCUUUUUUGGUUCAAAUUAAAUUCCACUUACAGUUCAA